GCCUGCGUGUCUGCUCGUGUAUACGUGUCUUGAGUAAAUAUAUUCCCACUUCUGUACGAUUGCAGACCACAGCCGUUCCCGACACAGAAAAGAAAGAGAAGAAGGAAAAGGGUUUGUCUCGGAGGCGGAGGCACUCCCCCUCGCCCACAGAGCCCAGAAAAAAGCCAAAUUCCAAGAAGAGGAGGCAUACGAUGGGUGAGCCAUUAGGAAAGAGGCAUGGGCGCAAGGACGAGGAGGAAGAGGAGGAGGACCUUACGAAAGACAUGGAGGAGCCUCUACACGUGCCCAACAUGACCGAGGUUCAGCUGCCCAAGAAUGUUUAUACAAAGAAAGACACAGAAGUGGCUCCUAUUAAAGGCGGUGUCAUGACAGAUUUAGACGAACAAGAAGAUGAAAAUACUGAUCUUGGAGCCAAGGACGCUGCUGGAAAGGCCCUGUGGUCUGAGGAUGAUGAAAUGGGCCCAGCAAUGAGGCUUGAGCUGGGUGAAGAUGGUGCAGCGGAGCAGCAGACGCAUCACAUCAUCAUUCCCAGCUACACCUCUUGGUUUGAAUACAACAGUAUUCACGCAAUUGAAAGGCGAGCACUACCGGAGUUUUUCAACAGCAAGACAAAAUCAAAAACUGCAGAAAUCUAUCUGGCAUACAGGAACUUCAUGAUUGACACCUACCGGCUCAACCCCCAGGAAUAUCUCAGUGGAAUGGUGUGUCGGCGAAGCCUGGCUGGGGACGUGUGUGCUAUUAUCAGGGUGCAUGCGUUUCUGGAGCAGUGGGGGCUCAUAAACUACCAAGUGGACCCGGACAGCAAGCCUUCUCCUACAGGGCCACCUCCCACCGCUCACUUCCACGUGCUGGCUGAUGUACCCAAUGGCAUGGCACCGAUGAAGCCAAGAGGCCCUCAGGGCCCUGCCUCGCAGGUCAUGCUGACCUUGGUGGACCGCGGACGGGAUAAGCCAGCAGAAGUGCAGAGUUUUGGGCUGCGCACAGACAUAUACUCCAAGAAGAACGUCUCUGCUAAGAGCAAGGCCGCAGCAAGUGCAUCCCGCGAGUGGCUGGACCAUGAGACAUUGCUUUUGCUGGAGGCACUGGACCUGUACACGGAUGACUGGAACAAAGUGUCGGAGCACGUGGGCAGCCGCACUCAAGAUGAGUGCAUCCUUCACUUCCUGCGGCUACCCAUCGAAGACCCCUACCUGGAGGAGUCCGAAGCAUCCAUGGGUCCGCUGGCCUAUCAGCCGGUUCCAUUCAGCCGCUCAGGGAAUCCUAUCAUGAGCACGGUGGCGUUUCUGGCUUCCGUUGUAGACCCACGCGUGGCCUCCGCAGCGGCCAAGGCUGCCCUGGAGGAGUUCUCGCACAGAAGAGUCCUGCUACCUCCUGAUCUUGCAAGAGUGGAUGAUAAGAAAGAGGAGAUCAUACUCAAACAGGAGCAGCAGCAGCACAAAACCAGUACUGACGAUUCCAAGCUCGGCAUUGGCAAUAAUGAGGAUGAAAAGAGCAAGGAAGGAGCGACGACUGAAUUUGGUGUGCUCAAGGUGGAGGCUGGCAACAGGGAGGAGACGAGGGAGGAGCAAGGUGAGGAGCAGGAAAAUAUGUCCAGCAGAAGCAAGGCGGAGACUCCUGCGGAAGCCCUAGGCUUGUCGUCCUUGCCAGAUGCCAGCAUCACUGCAACGGCUGCUGCUGCUGCUCUCAUUGCAGCUGCUGCCAAGGCCAAGCAACUGGCAGCUGUGGAGGAACGCAAAAUCAAGUCACUGGUGGCGCUGUUGGUGGAGACCCAAAUGAAGAAGCUCGAGAUCAAGCUGAGACAUUUUGAGGAGCUGGAGACCAUCAUGGACCGUGAGCGGGAGUCGCUGGAAUAUCAACGGCAACAGCUUCUCUCGGAUCGCAGCACCUUUCACUUGGAGCAGAUAAAGCUGGCCGAGCUGCGUGCAAGGCAACUACAGCAGCAGCAAUUGCAGCAGCAGCAGCAGACUUGUGGACAGACAGGAGAGCACAUUGGAGCAGUGCACACUCAAGAUCAACCGUAACGCUUGGGGAGGAGAGUCAAUUCCUGAAGCUGUUGACAAAUAUACACUGCAUUGUUGAUGUAUGUUCAAGAGGCUCAGAAAUGGACACAGCCUGUGACUGAUUGUAGCCAGAUUUGUUUGUAACACUGUUCCGGAAAUUAUUUUGUCCUAAUUUUUAGAAAGUUGUUUAAGGGAGAAUAGGAAAAAAAGGGAACAGUAAUCUAGGAUUAUUACCGAAAAGCAAACCUUGUACUGUUGUGGUAGUGCCGUACGCCGGUAAUUUCUCCUCCCUGAGCCAGCCUGAAAGUGUUCUCUGAACAAAAUUUGAGUGCGGCCCUGGACACAGCGUAACCCAAGUUGCUCAAUUGUAAAUGGUUCAUUUUAUUACAUUCCGCGUGUAACUUGACCUCUCGUUGUAAAAUUGAGGCUUGUAAAAAUGAUUUAAAGUAUGACGAACAGCCUUUGUGUAAAGCAAGGUGGUAAGUGUGUUUUUGUAAGGAUUGGUACAAAUGAAUGUUGUGAAUUAAUGAUGUGGCACAUUUACCCUUUUAUAGGAUGUGGCAGAUGUUAUCCACUCAAGUUGCAUAAAUUCAGGGUAGGCACGGCACGGUUCAGAUUGUGUGUAUGCAAACUGUUUUUACAUCUUGUAUAUUUUUUACGCAAAAUCAAAUGUUUGUCUUCUCUCCGUAAUGAAAUAUGAGACGGGUUAAGACACCUACCCUAAUUUAAGUGAAAUCUGUGAGCCAGUGUUUUUGUUAAGGUUGUGCUGUUUAUUUAUAUUCAUUAAAGCAAUGUUAACGUCUUCA